AUGUCGAGUGACGAAGUUGCUGCCACCGGAAAGGGUAAAAAACCGGCUUGUAAGAUAUGCUGCGCGUGCCCAGCGGAACGUCAGGCGCGUGAUGAAUGCACUCUUCUAAAGGGUGUAGAAGCCUGCCAAAAGGAAAUUGGGGCAUUCUACAAAUGCCUGCUCCAUGAGGGAUUUUCGGAAGAGGAAGUCGAGCGUCUCCGAGGGAGUGUCCGGAGUUUUUAG